CAGAGAAGGAAAGAAGCAAAUCGCGAGUCCGCGAGGAGAUCGAAGCAGAGGAAAAAAGAGGAGAGCGAGCUGCUGUCCAGCAAAGCCCAGGAACUUGUCCGCGAGAGCGCGACCUUGCGCGCAGAGCUGGAGAAGGUUCAGAAGCACGUCGAUAACCUGUAUGAGGAGAACACUGCGCUUCGAAAGCAGAUCUCUAAGGCUGGUGGC